GCCCAGACAUGGCGGAGGAUACAGUGUAACUGGGGCUCGGCGACAGAGUUACGAUAGUUUUCCUAGCAGUUAAGUCGGCUCAGGGCGCAGUAAAUGAUACACCAGAGGAGGAAAAUGUAUUCGGAUGAAGCGUACUCGGAAGAAAAGCAAGAAACGAUCUGAAUCGCCACACACGAGUAAGAUGGAAACAUGUAUCGCUGUUUAGUGCAGUCAACAGCCUUGGGCAACAAAUAUGGCUUCUUGUGCCUUUUUCAAUUUGCUGUAAAAAUUGAUCUCCCGUGCAGUCUAAUGCCGUGGUGGUUCUGGCGAAGUUCUGCAAGCCGCAGUAAGUUAGUUCUUCAGUAAUCGCUCGGUGCCUGUGAAAGGUAAGGAUAUAACAUCCACCUGGCUGUCUGGUUAGCUCGGAAGCUACGGAACUACAGCGGAUAGCAAUGGAGCCAAAGCACAAAGAGUUGUUAGACCAGUGCCACCAGAACUUAUUGGAGUCCAUAACAGAUGCGGACCGGCUGAUAGAGUUGCUGAUAGUUUCUGGCACCCUGAGUCAACUCGACAGGUUUGAGCUGGACCAGAACUGCUCGUCCAGCGCCGAGAAAGUAGACCACCUUUUGAAGAUGCUGAUGAACAAGGAGAGCGACCAUUUCCUCGACCUGUGUGUGGCCCUGGAAAAGGCAUACCCUGACCUGUAUUCUGCCCUGUUCAGCAACAACGGUGGUGGACCUGUGGACCACUCCACUGGGUCGACAUACAGCGUUCUCUCCACAAUGCCCUCCGACUCAGAAAGCAGCAGCUCCCUCAGUAGUGUUGGUUCGCCUGUGAACGGUGAAGCAUCCUCCCCACCCCCAGCAAUGAACGACAACCGGCCAUCCGGCGACAACCUGGACACCAUCUUGUUCCAGCUCCGUCAAGUGACCAGGGAGAGAGACGAUCUACGUAAGCGCCUGGCACUGGCAUCACCUGGGACCACCUUCGAUGACUGCAGGCCAAAUUCCAAAGCCAGCCAUGACUAUGAGCGUCUAAAAAGCCAGUGCAUGAGGGCCAUGGCAGACCUGCAGUCUCUACAGAACCAGCACACCAAAACACUCAAGAGGUGCGAGGAGGCUGUCAAAGAGGCUGACUUCUACCACAUGCUGCACAGCCGGGUGCUGGGCGAACAGUCGCAGUUGAAGGAGGAGAUGGAGGCCCUUAGGAGGGACAACACCCAGCUGGUCAGAGAGCACAACCAUCUGAAACAGAACUGCGAGGAGCUGAAGAGACUGCACAGUGAAGACCAGAAAGAGGUGGCGGACCUCCGGCUGCAGCAACAACAGGUAAUGAGGGAGAAGGGCUCGUCUGAGGUGCUUAACAAACUGUAUGACACCGCCAUGGACAAGCUGGAGGGUGUAAAAAAGGAGUACGAUGCCCUGAGCAAGCGCUACAGCGAGAAGGUGGCCAACCAUAACACAGACCUGAGCCGCCUGGAGCAGGCAGAGGAGGAGAACCGGCGGCUGCAGAAGCAGCUGGAUGCACUGCUCAAACAGCGCGACUCAGCCAUGCACUACCAGCAGCAGUACUCCACUUCAAUGAGGAGGUUUGAUUCAGUGCAGCAGGAGCUGAACAAGUCCUCAGCCCAGAACAAGGAGUUGCAGAGAGAGAUGGAGCGGUUGCAGUCAGAAGUGACACGCUACAAAAACUUCCAGCUUAAGGCGGCCAAGGACUGUGAGAAGUACAAGGAGGAGAGGGACUCGGUGUUCAAUGAGUAUCGUCUCAUCAUGAGUGAGAGGGACCAAGUGAUCAAGGAGGUGGACAAGCUGCAGACGGAGCUGGAGGCUGCCGAGGCGCGGCUCAAAAACACCUCUUCAGAGAGGGUGGUGGCCAGUGAGGAGCUGGAGGCUCUCAGACAGGAGUUGAACUCGUCAUUGGUGGACCGCGACAGGGCCAUCUGCGAGAGGAACGAGCUGCUGGAGAAGUACUGCCAUGAGGUGAAGGACAAGGCCGAGGCCCAGAAGGAGCUGAGCCAGGCUUGCAAGGACAUCGAGACGGUGCGGGAGGAGAGGGACGUGGCCCGCAAGGAGAGGACAGAGGCUAUCAUCCAAAGGGAUCAGCUGCUACGAGAGUACUACCAGGCCAGACAGAAACAAGACUCAGCCACCCUGGACAUGGAGCGGGCCAACAAGGAGAUUGAGAUGCUGAGGAAACAGUAUGAGGCCAUGUCCCAGGAGCUGAAGGAGGCUACACAGGAGGCCGAGGUGGCUAAAUGUCGACGGGACUGGGCCUUCCAGGAGAGGGACAAGAUAGUGGCUGAGAGGGAGAGCAUUCGGACUCUGUGUGAUAACCUGCGAAGGGAAAGGGACCGGGCAGUCAGUGAUCUGGCCGAUGCCCUGCGGAAUCUGGAUGACAUGAGGAAGCAGAAAAACGACGCGUCGCGAGAGCUCAAGGAGCUUAAGGAGAAGAUGGAGAGCCAGCUGGAGAAGGAGGCCCGGUUCUGUCAGCUCAUGGCCCACAGCUCUCACGACUCGGCCAUCGACACAGACUCCCUGGAGUGGGAGACGGAGGUGGUGGAGUUUGAGAAAGACAGGGAAGACAUGGAUUUGAAGGCACUUGGGUUUGAUAUCGCUGAAGGGGUAAAUGAUCCAUAUUUACCAGGAGACUGUGGAAUAUUUGUGACAAGAGUGGACAAAGGAAGUAUUGCAGAUGGAAGGCUAAGAGUGAAUGAUUGGUUGCUGAAGAUUAAUGACAUCGACCUGACCAACAAGGACAGGAAGCAGGUGGUAAAGGCAGUGCUGAAUGGUGGAGGCUUGAUCAACAUGGUGGUCCGAAGGAGAAAGUCCCUUGGCGGAAGACUGGUCACUCCUGUUCACAUCAACCUCAUUGGACACAAAGACAGUGGUAUUGGUCUGGAGAGCGGGGUGUUUGUUACUGCCGUUGUCCAGGGCAGUCCGGCAGCCAGGGAAGGCUCUCUGACAGUUGGAGACAGACUGAUUGCGAUAAAUGGCAUUGCUCUGGAUAACAAAUCUGUAACAGAGUGUGAGGCUCUGUUGAGGAACUGCAGAGAUUCACUCAGCCUCUCUCUCAUGAAGUUCUUCCCUCACAGCACAUCAGGCCAGAACAUCUUUGAGAGCUUGCGUGAGUCAUCGGAGAAGUCCAAUGGGCGCCUGUCAGAAGUUCACUCCCGGAACAGCCGCAACCUCAAACACAACAGCUCCACGCAGACAGACAUCUUCUGCCCUGAUGUUGGCAGCACCAGCACAAAUAACAUCUCUGGGGAGCGCAGGAAGGUCAGAGGUGAAGCCGAUGAGGUGGGGGUGUUCAGGGACAUCAGGAAGCCUUUCUCCACUGGCUCCCUCCAUGCCACUAGCCUCCGGCCCGCCUCUGACUUGGCUACUGACCGCUACGGCCCCAGUGCCUUCCAGGAGUGCUGCCCCUACACCAAGGCCCCAUCCUCCUUGCCCUAUGACCCUGUCUCUCCCUCAGACUGCAUCACAGUGGAGACCACGCUGGAGAAGAAGCACAGUGGGGGGACAUGGCCCAAAGUGAUGGUGGGGGGCAUGUCGGUAGCGCCAGAGAACACCAGUCCAGUCACAGCAGCAACACAGUUGUCUAUCUACAAAUCACCCAAGCAAAGGAAGUCCAUCUUUGAUCCAGACACCUUCAAACGGCCCGAAACACCCUCCUCAAAGAUGGAGUACAUGGCAGCCAAUCAGAUAGCAGCUGUGGCUGCAGCAGCGUCCCACUCCCCACAGCCUUCGAAGGCCGAAUCCCUCUCCUCCUCAUCCACCCCAACCCCUACCCCUCCCACCCCACCCACUCGCAGUGACUCCUUUAAAUUCAAACACAAACAUCAAAGCAGCUCUGCCUCUGACUGCACUAUCACAUCAGAUGGCAAGGGAGAGGCCGCCAUCUCCAUGGUAACAGGAGAAAGUAGAGAGAGGAACGAGCGAGAAAGGGACAGGAAUGGAAACCACUAUUUCCUGGAUGGCAAGGUCCUGACCUCAAGGAAGUCAUGUGACGAGGACAUUGGCCGAACCAGAGGCGAGGAACCAGAGGUGAAGAGACCACGCCCCAAAUCUGCUCCCGCCCUCCGACGCAGGAUGACUCCUCAGACUAUCACACUCCCCACCUUCCAGAGCUACUCCAAUGACGAGCAUUCUCCAGAGCCCAGGGAUAUGCUGCGCUCCUCCCCCAACCGCUCCCAUAGGCACAGUGUAGGCUUCGUCCCCACAGUCUACAAUGGCACCCUACCUCCUAAUUCAGCCCACCGGGGUCUGGCCCCUUGCCCUGCUGUGACAGCUGUGAUGAGAAAUCCAGUGUACACAGUGCGCAGUCACCGCGUUCACACCAGCAAUUGCCCGUCUGUCGCCUCCCAGAUCUGCCACCAGCACACCCACACCAGCCCACAGCACCAAGGUCGUCUGAGUCUGGACCUGAGCCAGCAGAAGCGUGCAGGCGACUAUUCUGAAUCCUCAUCAUCGUCACGCAGCAGCAGAGCUUCACACGGUACAAACUCACUGCCUUCCAGUGCACGGCUCGGUUCCUCCAAUAACGUCCAGUAUCGCACAGAAAGGAUCAAAAUCCCCUCCACUCCCCGCUACCCUCGUUCCAUGCUGGGUUCAGACAGAGGUUCUCUGUCCCACUCAGAGUGUAGCAGUCCCAGCCUCAUCACACCUCCACAAUCGCCUCUCAAUUUGGAGACUUCUUCCUUUGCCAGUAGCCAAUCACAGGGCUCCAUUUCCACGUUACCGCGGAUCUCUGUUAGCCCUGUGCCAAUAGGGGAGCGAAGGAAAGACAGAUCUCUAUACCGUAACCGAUCUUUUCUAAGGAUUCCUCUGGCUGCAAGGCCGAGGUUCUCCUCUCUCAGGAGCCUCAGGCCGUACUUGGAGGAGCCUCGCAAUGUUAUCGUGCAUAAAGGAGCAGAGCCUCUGGGCAUCUCCAUUGUCAGUGGGGAAAAUGGCGGGAUCUUUGUCUCUAAAGUUACUGGAGGAAGCAUUGCCCAUCAGGCAGGUCUGGAGUAUGGAGACCAGUUACUUGAGUACAAUGGCAUCAACUUGCGUAAUGCUACGGAGCAGCAAGCUCGUUUGAUCAUCGGCCAACAGUGUGACACCAUCACCAUUAUGGCUCAGUACAACCCACACAUGUACCAGCUGGGCAACCAUUCACGCUCCAGCUCCCGCCUGGAGCCAGUAAGUACUCAGUCCACGCCCCAGGGGAGCGGGGCCACCACCCCUGACAAUCACUCCACCAUCGACACCCUCAGUGAACAGGAUGAGGGCACCCUGACUCCCUCCUCCAAGCAAACCACGCCCACCACCAGCCCCCACAGCUUCAUCAGAAUGCCCUCUGAGGGCAGCAGGAAGGUGGGCGAGCCACGGCUGGUGACGGUACGCAGGCCCGGGGUAGAGGUGGGAGUCACGCUCUGCGGAGGAAACCUGCGAGGCGUCUAUAUAGAGAGCCUGGAGGAGGACAGUCCUGCCAGGGGCGCAGAUGGCCUGCUGCCUGGAGACCUCAUUCUUGAGUAUAACUCGGUGAAUAUGAAGAAUAAGACGGCAGAGGAGGUGUACGUUGAGAUGCUGAAGCCUGCAGAGACAGUCACAAUCAAGGUGCAGCAUCGCCCAGAUGACUUCAACAUGCUGAAAGACACUCCAGGAGAUGGCUUUUAUAUUCGAGCACUUUAUGACCGGGUGGGGGAGGCUGAGGGGGACCUCAGUUUUAAGAAGGAUGACAUCCUGUAUGUGGAUGAGUCUUUACCAAAGGGCAGCUUUGGGACCUGGAUGGCAUGGCAACUGGAUGAGAACGCACAGCAGAUUCAGAGGGGGCAGAUCCCCAGCAAGUACAUGAUGGACCAGGAGUUCUACCGCAGACACAGUGUGACAGACAUGAAGGAAGACGGCGGCUCCAGUAAGACUCUGUCUGCUGCAGCCCGCAGAUCCUUCUUCAGGAGGAAACAGAAACACAAACGCAGCAGUUCCAAAGACAGCAAAGAGAUGGUGGCUCUUGAUGCCAUCAGCACAGACUCCAUUCCUUUCCUAGAUGACUGCGUGAGCCUGGCAUACCAGCGAGUCCAGAAGGUGGAGUGCACCUCUCCCCGACCGGUGCUCAUCCUCGGGCCGCUCACAGACCCGGUCAAGGACAUGCUGGUCAAAGAGUCUCCUGGGAAGUUCUGCAGAUGUGUGCUGGAGGUGAUGAAGGCAUCUCAGCAAGCCAUUGAGCGGGGCGUCAAAGACUGCCUCUUCAUCGACUACAAGCGCAGGAGCGGCCACUUCGAUGUGACAACUGUUGCUUCCAUAAAGGAAAUAACGGAAAAGGACUGUCACUGUUUGCUUGACAUCGCCCCACACGCCAUCGAAAGGCUGCACAGCGUUCACAUCUAUCCAAUUGUCGUCUUCAUCCGCUACAAAAAUGCCAAGCAAAUCAAGGAGCAGAAAGAUCCAAUGUAUCUGCGGGACAAAGUGUCUCAAAAGCAUUCCAAGGAGCAGUUUGAAAGUGCACAGAAGAUAGAGCAAGAAUACAGCAAAUUCUUUACAGGUAUUGUCCAGGGCGGCACCCUCCCUUACAUUUGCACUCAGAUCAUGACUAUUGUUGAUCAAGAACAGAGUAAAGUCCUGUGGACUCCGCUUGGCUGCCCCUAGAGGAGACCGGCUGCCACUACAGCAAGCUGCGGCUUUCAUCUCCAACCCCAAACACUAAUUAACCCUCCCACACUAUACCUAUAGGUACACUACAGUGAGCUAGUUAUGUAAAUUAUUGAUAUUUUUUUAUUUGUCUUCGUUAUGUUGAUUUGUAAUCGGAGCCUUCUUCUAUUCUGAUGUAUUCCGGAGCAGGUUAGUAGCACUGGAUCUUGACGUUAAAGUUCAUUCAGUCUUCCCUAAGGGUUCCUGGUGGUGUUUUUAUGUAAUGCUGCAUUGUAAGCAUUUGUUUACAGUCAAAAGAUGAGUCUGAGUAUUGGUGUUCAUUGUUUGCUUGAAUGCGUCCCCCGCCUCCACCCCCUCCCUCUCCCUGCGUGUACACGACCUCAACACAAAUGAAGCAACCCCUGACCCAGAACCUGUGUACCAAAAGACAUUUGUGAUUUCACUACAUUCACGCACCCAUCUGAUGACGACUGACAACUAAUAAUGUGUGUGUGUGUGUGUGUGAGUGUGGGUGUGUGAGAAAGAGAGAAAGCAAUGUCAAGACUGUUGUCAAAACUGUCAGGACAGUUUUGGUUGGAUUGAAUCACGGUUGUUAUCAUUAUUAUUAUUAUUAUCAUUAUUAUUAUUAGCAUGAAUUUGAUGCUAUAGAAAUGUAAUGCCAAGAUCAGACAUCACAUUCUGCGUGGUGUUUUAUCCAAAGGUGCAAAGGCACUGAUCCUCUGAAGUAUGUAGCUGCGGUCUUACUGAACCCGAUUGCCAACAGUGAUGGCCAUGAAAACUCAAACAUUAUUGGUGUUUGCUCUAUGCAUUGUGUUUCUAUAGUAGCUGGGUGUACGGACAGUUUACGGGCCUUUCGGAAGUGCCUUUGGAGAAGAAGCCUGAUCUGAAACCAGCCCCUGGUCACUUAGAUCGAUAAAGAGGAUUAGUGAAGGGUCAUCUUCAAAGUCAAAUGUGUCUUCUCACUCAUCUAGCACUAGGCGGAGAGGGGCUGUUUUGGGACCAGUACAGUGCAGAGCGCAUGACAAUGGUGAGGUUUCGAGGGUAGGCCGAAGUGGCGGCCAACGGGUUAAGUCCUCAGAAUGCACUCCAGGGCUAGACAGACCACUGUGUAACUAUCAUACAUAUUUGUCACAUAUUUAACGACAGUAUAGAGUAUAACAAAUACAGUAUGCAGAUACAUCUGAAAAACACAUAUAUAUUACAUGUAUUUUCACUAGGUCAUAGGCCUAGGAGCGUUCGGCUGUCAAGUCACGUCUUAGCAGGUAUUAGCAUGUUUUUUUAUGGACUUUUUUUGUUUUUUUUCGUGGUUGGUUGUCAGUCACUUAUCAAUGUACUCAUAAAAGACACUAUGGAGCAAAUUUGCAGGGUAAUAUCUUAAAGGAUUUUCCUAGGAUCCAUUUAAAUGUUAGUGACUUUUCAUUGUUAUUUAAUUGUUUUUUAUUCAAGAGGCAAAAAUAUUGAUUAAAAAAAAAAAUAUUGUGCCCUUGCUUGAACCUUAUCCUGUUUCUUACUGUGCCAAAAUCCACUAAGGCAACUUUAUCCUUUUAUUUCUGUUUUGCACUUGUUUAUCUGUGAACCUUUAACAUGUAACUGUUCCUAGGUUUCCAGUAGACUAUCAAUAGGUACUAUAAUUUCUACUGUAACUAAUUCACAUUUUUAUGUAUCACAUCAGUUCCUUACAUUUCAUUUGAUGGCCUUUUAUUCUUAAUUAGGAAAAAAAAAAGCAUCGCUCCUUAUUUGAAUUAUUAUUGAAAAAGGGAUUUAUUCUUGCACAGUUUUUCAAAGGAAAAUCAGUCCACAAGUUUGACUAUUGGGCUAAAAAAAGGCAUAAGCAAAUUGUAAUGUUACUAUUUUUCUGAGUAGAUAGCAUAUGUUAUAGAAGGAGAGGGAUACAGCAAGAAACUGUUGUAUUGCUAGGAGAAAAAACUAGAUACCAGGUACUGAUUGAACUUUUUCUUUUAUUAAAAAGAAUGUGAUUUGUAUGUUAUGAGACAUUAACAUGAGAAUAAAACUCAUUUUCUGUAUCACA